UUAGUCAAGUAAAGUCUCCCUCUUGAAAACCCUAGGUCUUUGACCAAACCCAAUAUAAAAUCGAAAAGAGAACUAGAACCUCAAUUUUUCCCUGGUCUAUCGAUUGCGCCUCAGAGAGACGAAAAGCUCUACCUCUCGAGUUGCAGCCAUGGUGAACGUGCCAAAGACAAAGAACACAUACUGCAAGAACAAGGAGUGCAGGAAGCACACUCUGCACAAAGUUACUCAGUACAAGAAGGGUAAGGAUAGUCUUGCAGCCCAGGGAAAACGUCGUUAUGAUCGCAAACAAUCUGGUUACGGAGGACAGACCAAGCCUGUUUUCCACAAAAAGGCAAAAACCACAAAGAAGAUUGUGCUAAGGCUUCAGUGUCAGAGUUGCAAACACAUGUCCCAGCACGCAAUCAAGAGGUGCAAGCAUUUUGAGAUUGGUGGAGACAAGAAGGGAAAGGGAACUUCACUUUUCUAGAUGCUGGAGUCGUCUACUUAUUGCUUGUUUCUUUUCAUGUUUUAGUAUUAGAUAUGCGAUUGAAACAUAUUCUAGCUGGUGUAAUUUUGACUUAUUUCUUUUUAGAAAAAAUAUAUGCUACAUAGAAGAAUUUUGAUGUUUAUGCCAUGGCUAGUUUAGACUGCAAAAUAUUGGGUCUGUGUCAACUUUUUAACAUCGAAUAGAAACAAGUUUUGCUAA